GUGGUCUUGCUCUGGGCUCUGCUGUUUGGAGCGGAGGCGACGAGUUGGAGCUCUGCAAGCCGGCCAGGAAUGCGCUGCCGCUGCCGGGACGGGCGGUGAACCCGCGCGGGGAUGGCUGGCGGUGGAGCAGCAGCGGUGCGCCUUUGCGCGCUCCUCUGGCUCGGCGUUGUGCUGAGCGUCCGGGCGCAGUCGGCUUGCCAGGGCGUUCGCGCUGCUUUCCAAACGGCCCCGCAAGGGGCGAAGUGGCUGCCGGAGAGCCCGGGCGCAGGGCUCGACUUGCAAGUGUGUGUGCCAAAAGUUCCAACGUGCUGCUCCAGGAAAAUAGAGGAGAAAUACCAAGCCAUGGCCCGUUCCAAUAUGGAACAGCUUCUCCAGUCUGCCAGCAUGGAGCUGAAAUUCUUUAUCAUUCAGAAUGCGGCUGUUUUCCAAGAAGCCUUUGAGAUUGUUGUACGACAUGCAAGAAACUAUACGAAUACCAUGUUCAGAAAUUCUUAUCGCAACAUGGCUGCCAAGGCUUCCAAAUUUGUGGGAGAAUUUUUUACUGACAUCUCUCUGUACAUCUUGGGCUCGGACAUUAAUGUGAAUGACAUGAUAAAUGAGUUCUUUGAUAGCUUGUUCCCUUUAGCCUAUCCACACCUAGUUAACCCAAGCAUCCCUGAUCCUUCACUGGAGAUGACUGAGUGCCUCCGGCUAGCAAGGCGAGACCUGAAGGUGUUUGGAAACUUCCCCAAGAUCAUGAUGACGCAAGUGUCGAAGUCUCUGCAAGUGACGCGAGUCUUCCUUCAGGCGCUCAACCUUGGUAUCGAGGUGGUGAAUACCACUGACCAUUUGAAAUUCAGCAAGGACUGUGGGCGGGCUCUUUUGAAAAUGUGGUACUGCCCCCACUGCCAGGACCUCAUGAUGGCCAAGCCAUGUGCUGGAUUCUGCAAUGUUGUCUUGCAAGGGUGCCUUGCCAGUGUGGUAGAGAUAGACAGUUACUGGCGGGAAUACCUCCGAUCUUUGGAAGGACUGACAAAAAGCAUGCGAGGCAUCUAUGACAUGGAAUAUGUUCUUCUCAACCUCUUCUCCCUGAUACGGGACUCAAUUAUGUACAUGCAGAAGAAUGCAGAGAAGCUGGCUGUAACGAUUGGCAAGUUGUGCAGUCAUUCCCAGCAGAGACAGUACAGGUCAACUUGGUAUCCAGGGGAUCUUUUUGUUGACAAGAAAGUUAUGAGGGUUGCCCACGUGGAUUACGAAGAAACGUUGUCCAGUAGAAGGAGGGAGCUCAUCACGAAACUAAGAAUGCACAGCAGUUUUUAUAGCAGUCUGCCAGAGUACAUCUGUAGCCACAGUUCUGUGGUGCAAAACAACACCCUUUGUUGGAAUGGUCAAGAAAUAGUAGAAAGAUUCAGCCGCCAGGCAAUAAGGAAUGGAGCAAAAUCCCAGCUGAGCAACCAUGAAAUCAAGGUGAAAGGACCAGAGCCUAUGAUUAGCCAGAUCAUUGACAAACUGAAACACAUCAACCAGUUGUUAAAAGGAAUGGCCAUCUCUCGCCGGAAAAGUAUGGACAAGCUAGAAGACCAGGAUGAGGAAGAAAGUGGUGAUUGUGAUGAUGAGGACGAUUGUGGAAGGGACAGUUCUGGAAAUGGUGGCUUAAGAGUGAAGAAUCAGCUGAGGUUCUUGGCAGAACUGGCAUAUGAUAUGGACACAGAUGACAUUCCUUCAAACAAACAGCUCUUGAAUCAGCAAAGCAAAGAGGUCUCAUCGAUUCACAACUUUGGAUCGCUCAGUGCAAUUCCAAAUCUUGAUCUGUUGGCUGUUGUCCUAACAGCCGUGUUUCUCCUGUUGGUCGAGUGACUUUUUUAAGCAAAAGAGAGCCUGAAUAAACGGACCAGCUUGAAUCCAUGAAGCUUCAUCCUGAAACAAAUCACCACAAACUCUCUUCUUCCUCUCCAGGCAUGUGGAGUGGGCAUCCUCAAAUAAGUUUAUUUUAAAAACGAAAAUAGACUGGUGUCUUUUUAAAUGAUGAUAAUUAACCACGAGGAACUCAUUUUAGACUUGGCAAACAAGGAACAGCUCUUUUUUGUUUUGAAGAAAGCUUAUUUAAUUAAGAGAGUGUUAAUAUUGAAUUUGCAUCUUAAACGUGUUUGUGCAGACCAAACAUUUUUUUCCCCACUACUGAUUAACUCAGCAGCAACAUUCUGCGUUUUGGGUAAUUGGCAAUGGUGGAGGUGAAAUUGGAUUUGCACAUCCAUAUCUAACUUGUGGGAUGUUACCAGUAACCUAGCUGAUACUGAGAUUAGCUGGGCAUGUUGCCUGGAAGUCUUCACUGGGAGUAUGGAAAGCGCAGCCAUUCUCAAAUACUAAUGACCCUCCCUGGGGAUUAAAUGUAGUUUUCAUUUUUAUUUUUUGGUCCUGGGGCUGGACCCUGGCUCAGUGUGAUCAGUAUGAGUAGCAAACCUGGCAGUGGUUAGGUGACCUGCAAUAAGGAACUUAAGACCAGAAGAUGGUUAUUUAUAAACUACAUAUACAAAAAUUUGGGUUAGGAGAUGCUUCUCUUCAUUUGUAACCCUGCACAGAGAGCCACUGAAUGAUAGAAUUCCCAAGUUCCUGGAUGCAGUCCAUGAAGAAGUGGAUGGAGCUAAUGGCUGAACUGCUGGGCCUUUUUAAGGCUGACAUGAGGAGUGGCAGAAAAAGAGACUGGCUAUUCCAAAAUGGCUUUUGAAGUAUCAGGAAGAUGUUCCAGAGAAUGAGAGCAGCAAGCAUGUAGCUUUUAAUAAAUCUUGUUUUUUUAAAAAAAACAACAACACCUGUUUAAUAAGAUCUCCUCUUUUUCAGAAAUAUAUUCAAAGAUUCUGCUUGAGUAUGAUGAUGGAAAUCUCUCCAAAAUAUAUUUCGAAGGUGCACUACAUUGGAUUAAAAUUUGCUAUAAAACUAUGGCGGUUCAAGGGCGAGGGGGGCGGGUUACAAGGGAAAUGAGUUUCAUCAUGUUUUCACAGCCUUCAAACUUCUGUCUUGAGCUCUAUUUGUCCACAAUAGCAUUAAAGAAGUUUUAUAGUU